UUCAAACAAUUUUAACCGCAAUUUGUAAUUCCGUGUGAAACCAUAUAUAUAACCAGAUUCCUUUUUCACAACCCAACAUACCAAACUAACCAAAAUCUCUCUUUCUCUCUUUUUCUUUCCAUUCUUCAACCAACUAAAGAACAAAAUGUGACCAUGCAAAAAGUUUCUAAUAUUUUCACACCUUUAACUCACCCACUGCCUAUAAAGUAUAACGUAACACCUGGAGACCCUCUAGUUCACACAGCUUAAUCCUGUUCACCACCAUGGCAGAAAGACUCAAACUUUUCUUCUGGGUUUUCUUUGUUCUUCUCCCAAACCCAGGAAAAUCUCAACUUGAUGAGCUAUUCUUCAAUGGGUUCAAAGGUGUAGAUGUAGCUAGCAACUUGAGCUUAAAUGGUGCUGCACAGAUCCAAGACAAUGGUGUACUUCAGCUAACAAACAAAACGCAGAGACUAUUAGGCCAUGCCUUUUACUCAAAUCCAAUCCAGUUCAAGAACUCCACGGAUGGCAAAGCUUUUUCCUUUUCAACUUCCUUCGCUUUCGCUAUGGUCCCCGAGUAUGCUAAGCUUGGAGGCCAUGGCCUUGCUUUCACAAUCUCUCCGACCAAAGAGAUUCCAGGGGCUCUGCCAAGUCAGUAUCUUGGUCUGCUCAACAACACCGAUCUUGGCAACUUCACCAACCACAUAUUUGCCGUUGAAUUUGACACUGUCCAAGACUUUGGGUUCAGGGACAUCAAUGACAACCACGUUGGCAUUGAUAUCAAUAGCUUAGUAUCCAACAAAUCUGCCCCGGCUGCUUAUUUUGAUGUCACUAAUAGUUCGAUCCAAGUUCUCAAUUUGAAGAGUGGUCAGGUAAUUCAAGCUUGGAUAGAAUAUGAUUCUCAAAGUAAUCAAUUAGAUGUAAAACUUUCACCUUCAUCUACUAAACCAAGGUCUCCACUUCUGUCUUUUCACGUAGACCUCUCACUAAUUCUUCAAGAAUCUAUGUAUGUUGGUUUUUCUUCUUCAACUGGUUUGCUCUCUAGCUCUCACUAUAUCACGGGUUGGAGCUUUAAGAUGAAUGGAGAAGCUAAAUCUUUGUCUUUGGAUCAACUCCCUCCACUCCCAGCAGAGUCUAAAAGAAACGAUAACACAGGCGUAAUUGUUGGUGUUUCUGUUUCAGCUGCAUUAGUAAUAAUUUUGGUGAGUGGUUUGGCUUUUUACCUCAUCAGGAAAAUCAAGAAAGCUGAUGUGAUUGAGGCCUGGGAGCUUGAUAUUGGUCCACACAGAUUUUCUUACAAGGAGCUGGAGAAAGCAACAAGGGGUUUUAGAGACAACGAGCUGCUUGGGUUUGGUGGGUUUGGUCGAGUUUAUAAAGGGACACUGUCAAAUUCAAACACCCAAGUUGCAGUUAAGCGAAUUUCGCAUGAAUCAAAGCAGGGUUUGCAAGCAUUCAUAUCAGAGAUUGCUAGUAUUGGUCGGCUUCAACAUAGAAAUUUGGUUCAAUUAUUUGGAUGGUGUCGGCGAGGAGCAGAUUUGUUACUUGUUUAUGACUUUAUGCCUAAUGGAAGCUUGGACAAGUACAUAUUUGAUGAGCCUAAAACAAUUCUGAGCUGGAAGCAGAGGUUUAGUAUCAUCAAAGGUGUGGCUUCAGGGCUUUUAUAUUUACAUGAAGAGUGGGAACAAACUGUGAUUCACAGGGACAUCAAGGCAGGGAAUGUUUUAUUAGAUUCUGAGCUAAAUGCACGGCUUAGUGACUUUGGUCUUGCUAAACUAUACGAGCGUGGCACCAAUCCAAGCACUACAAGGGUUGUGGGCACAUUGGGUUAUCUAGCCCCUGAGCUCACACGCACAGGCAAGCCCACAAAAAGCACAGAUGUGUUUGCAUUUGGUGCUUUGUUGCUAGAAGUGGUAUGUGGUAGAAGACCUAUUGAGCUUAAAGCAUUGCCUGAGGAGCUCAUGUUGGUGGAUUGGGUGUGGGAGAAAUGGAGACUGGGUGCAAUAUUUGAAGUUGUGGAUUCAAGAUUGGGGGGUGAGUUUGAUGAGCUUGAAGCUGUUGUGUUGCUCAAACUAGGCUUGAUGUGUUCCAACAAUGAGCCUAAGGCACGCCCCACAAUGAGGCAAGUGGUAAGGUACUUGGAUGGAGAGCUACCACUGCCUGAGGCUGUGGAAGCACCACAGGAAGGGACCUAGGUGACAGCGGCUUUUU